AUGAGUUCCGAAGAUCAAUUUACUUCUAUUCAGUGGGAUAGGGAAGAUGGCAAAAAUGCUAAUGACACUCCAACAGAUACAAAUAUUAAACCAAAAUCUUCCAAAUCUAAGAAGUCUAAGAAAUCAUCCUCUAAGAAAAAAGCAGGCAACAAAGUAUCUCCACCGUCAACUACAGAGACCUCGGAUGCUGAUGAUUCACCUAAAGAAGUGACAGAGCAAUUGGAAUCAACUCAAAUAAAUGAUGAUGAUGGUGAUAACGGGAAUAAAGAGCUGAAUGAUGGUGCUAAUCAAAUUAGUAACAGUGAUGACGACCCAACAAAUUCAUUGUUGUUACCUGCAAAUCCUCAAACAAAGGAACCAAUUGCACUGCAAGAGAAAGAAGAAUCUGUACCUAUACAACAAGAGCCAGCGCCCAUUCAACCCCCUUCAAACGAUAUUGCUGUUGUGAAUGAUGAAGAACCACCAAUUCCACAACCUACUGGAUAUGUUGACAUUACUUACUAUGAAAAGUAUUCUAUAAAGACUACUGUGACUCAUCCUAAUCGUGAUUUGGAUACUGCAUCAAAACCUUUUAUUUCAUAUUUGGUCACUACCACAACCAAUAAUCCAUCUAUAUUAAAGUUGACUAAAGAGAAAAAACCGAAACAAGGUGAAGAAUAUUUGACAUUCAGUGUUAGAAGAAGAUAUGGGGAUUUCCGAUACUUGUAUGAAAGUUUAAGUAAUGAUUUUCCUACGGUGAUGAUUCCUCCAUUACCUUCAAAACUGAAUUUUAAAUAUUUGACUGGUGAUACAUUUAGUUCGGAAUUUGUUCAUAAAAGAUUACAUUCAUUGGAUCGAUUCGUUAGAUUCAUCUUACAACAUAAGAUUUUGUCUCAACUGUCAAUAUUUCAUUUAUUUAUUUCUAAUUCUAAUGAUUGGGCAACAUUUACGACAUCGUUGAAAAUUAAGGAUUCGAGCUCGGAAGAAUCUGGGAUUGUUGGCCGAGUGGUUAAUGAAGAUUUAAUAACUGAGACGGUGAUGAAUUUUUUAACUCCAUCAAAACAUAAGAAAGAAACCAAUAAAGAUAUUUUAGAGAUUAAUGACAAGUUAAAGAAAUUAUAUGAAAACUUAAUCAAAUUGGAUAAAAUAUUUACUAAAUUAAACAAAAAGAAUCAUGAAUUAGGUGUUGAUUAUGAUCAAUUUCUGAGUCAAAUUUUGAAAUUGUCUUCAGUACAAAAAGGUGAAGAUUCCGCCAUGACAACUAAUUUCAAGAUUUUUUCUGAUUCUUUGAGUUAUUUUCUGAAAUCUUAUAAUGAAAUGUAUCGAUAUGUUGAUGAGAAUUUUUUGGUUUCAUUACAAGAUCUAGCGAAAUUUUGUUUAAGAUUUAUUCAAUUGAUUAAAUUAAAAAAUGAUAAAUCUACUGAUUUAGCAGUAUUGCAAGAUUUUUUGAAUAAGGAAUUAGCUAAUCUGGGUGGUCAUUAUAAUACUAGUCAUCAACCUCCCAAUCCAGUAAUCAGUUCCUAUCAAGGAGGUAUUGUAAAUAAUACCACACAACUUAUUAAGGAUACAUUAUCUACUUCAAGUACUAUUGGAUCUAACAAACCUGAUAAGAUUAAAAAUUUGGAACAAGAAAUUGCUAAGGAAACAAAACUUUUAACUGAAUUGACGAAUAAAAUCAUCAAUGAAGAGUAUCCAAAUUGGGAAAAAUUUAAUAAAACGGAAAUUAAGAGCUCAAUGCUUGGUCUCUGUGAUCAAAAUAUUAAAUUUUACAGUGAUCUAUUAGAAAAAUUUGGUGAAGUUGAAAUAAAACUCAUGAAGAGGUUAGAUGAAGAUGUGUGA